GAAGCUCAUGUUUCGGGCAGAUCUGGACAACGACGGCAAGAUCAGCAGGAAGGAGUUCCAGCAGUUCUUACUCCUGUGCUCUCCGGCAAGCGUGGCGGAAGUGUUCGACUACUGGGCGCACGCGUCGGCCAUCGACAUCGGAGAGGAUAUGAGUGCGCCGGAUAACUUCGAGUCUCAGGCUCAGGCGGUGGUGACGUUCGUGGCGGGGGCUAUCGCCGGGGUCGUGAGCCGGACAGCCACGGCGCCGUUCGACAGGCUCAAGACCCUUCUGCAGUCGGGCAAGACAAAGGGCACGAUUGCCAAGAGCAUGAGCAACAUCUACCGGCAGGAGGGGUGGCUGGCGUUCUGGAACGGCAACGGGGCCAACACUCUCAAGAUCAUGCCCGAGAGCGCGAUCCGGUUCCUGGGGUAUGAGGUCUUCAAGAAUAGAGUCUGCAAGGACCCUGAUAACGUCAGAGUCGGAGAAAGGUUUUUGGCUGGGUCGAUGGCCGGAUCGCUGGCGCAGCUUGUCAUCUAUCCCUUAGAGAUAGCCAAGACGAGGUUAGCUGUGGGUGAGAAGGGCGAAUUCAAGGGGAUAGGCGACUGCCUCACGCGCAUCGUAAGAGAGAACGGCAUGAGAGGGCUUUUCCGCGGACUGCCGGCGAGCCUCAUGGGCAUCGUCCCCUACUCCGGGACCGAUCUGGCGAUGUUCUACACCCUCAAGGCCAGAUGGAUGGCGGCCCAUCCGGGCGCUAAGGAGGGUCCUGACGUUAUGACGUUGUUGGGUUUCGGCGCGUUGUCGUCGACGUGCGGUCAGCUCGUGGCCUACCCCUUGCAGCUUGUAAGGACAAAGCUGCAGGCACAGGGGAUGCCGGGGAUCCCGCACACCUACACAAGCACUGCGGACUGCUUCCGAAGAACAUUGAAGCACGAGGGAGUCCAGGGGCUCUACCGAGGCUUGGGACCCAACUUCUUGAAGGCUCUGCCCGCCAUCGCGAUCAGCUACGCCGUUUUCGAGAAGGCCAGAACGAAGCUGUCGUCGUUGGUGCCGAAGCAUGGGGGGGGGAGUAGCCGUAGAGUGCUCGUGGGGGGCGAAAGUCCAACAACCGGGUGAUUGAUUGGGGUUUGAGGUUUUGAAGCAGCCAGUAGAAGGCGCCAGAGAGAGGGGUAGACGGCGGCUUGGGUUGAGCGACCGGUUCUCGAGGAAAGAGGGAGGUCUUGCAAGUUCAGCAAAAACCGAAACCGGGGAGACAAGUUAGAGGCCAGGCGGCAUGCGUUUGUUUGCUGCAGCGUGCAUGAUUUCGGUUUGGGUGGUGUUGCUUUCCGGGAAGAGAUGGACAGCAAACCCGGAGGGGGCCUUCCGUUGCGUGGUAGGGGUGGGGGGCGUUGUGGUCGAAAACGAGAACAGGUGUGACUUUAUUAUUGGCAUUUAGGGGAAGCUCUAACCGGAAGAGACUUUUUGUCCUGCUACCAGGCGCAAACAACAUUUUGUAAGAAGUAAAGACGUGUAGGCAGACGUGGGUUUAAGGAAGGAUGUGCAAUGUGCUUCUCUGUAUCUCACUGUUGCGCAUGGUUGCAAUGGGAUGGGUUCAACCAACCCUUGCUAUAUGUUUUUAUUGUUUCACGUGAAUUCUGCUUCAGUGGGUGACCUGGGUUCGUGGUGUACCUCCCGCCGACGUUGAUGUUGCAGAGUUAUUUUUUUUUGCUGUUGUUGCGCCUGAGGACAUGUCUGGCCGUGGUGACAUGCUGGCGACUGCUUUGAAACGCUCAAUGUCUGACCUGUACUAUCUUUUAGAGUUAACCCACCACCUUGGAAGUCGAAUCAAUGCAUCGAUCUGGAUCCAUUUGUGUCGGUGACUUGGUUGGUCGUUGUAGUUGAUUGAUCGAUUGAUUGCGUUCUUGUGUAUGUUUCGUGUUUUUCCUUCAUCUAUCGGUGUAACCCACCGGUAAAUCAAAUCCUCCGCCCUUUCUUUUUCUGAAACAACGAGUUGUUGCGCUUUGCAGAACGAAAGAAAUAGAU